UCAGAGGCACAAGUAUUUGGCAUGUUUUGACCAGGCUAAUUGCUUAACUGUUCGGCAUCACCAAUAUCUUUGAAUCGAUGUCUCCUAAUGGAUACCAAUCAACUUUGCAAAGUACAAAAUCUGUGGACAUAAAUAAAAACCUCAUUUCGCCCUCGAUUACUGGAAAUUCGUUGGACCGUGUUGGACUAGGACUUUAAUAAAUUUGUGUUGGCCACCCCGUGUCAGUCAAAGAUACUAAAUCAGUUUUUUGGUCGCACGGUCUCAAUAGAACUGUCAUACGAAUUAACCUCGCGUUUAGGGGCGGUGAUCACGCUCCAUAUCUGUAACGAUGCAAUGGAUUAUGUUUUAUUACUACAGUUGAAUUUUCAAGAUAUGAUCACGAACGAUAAAAAUUUCUUGAUCAGUCGCCAAGUGAAUUGGUAAUCGCUGCAGCCAGUAUGCCGCAGGACCUUGACGCUGGCUCGAAUCAUCUGUGCUGGUCUAUUUAAAAGAUGACUCAAUUUUUCUGACCCCAUUAUGGACGACGAAACUCUGAACAGGCUCGCAGCUGAGGCCUUAAUCGAGGAGGCAAAGCUCGGAGCCAGGAGAGCAGAACUUGUUGGUCCAAGUGGCUGGAUUAAACCGAAGCAAACCAUAAAUAAGAGAUUUCUUCACUCUACGUUGCGCAAUGCUGUCCUGUCGAACAAACACCAUCGCAACAAAGCAGCUAGGAUUUUUGACGAACAUGAACAGAGAAAUCAGACUACGGACAAUAAACCGCAUUAAUAUUUUACAGAAUAACUAUUGAUAUUAUUCGUACGCUGUUGACGUCCCUCCUUGUGAGUUUGGGGAACUGACGACUGUUAUUUUAGUUCACGUUAGAGUAAAUGAUUGUUGUGACAAGUUGUGGAAUUAUGAAAAAUUACAUUCGAAUAAAUCAUGUUAGAAAAGUGA